CGAGCAGUAGACACACUCAGUUGGAGAUUACAGGCGACAGCAGACACAUCCAGGAGACCCCAGCUCGGGAUUUACUAACCAGAUGUGUUUGCUACCAGACAAACUUUCAAUGCUUUUUUGCAUGUGAACUUGGUCUGUGAUUAUCCUUUUAUUUAUUUAUUUUUUUUUACCAGAGAUGCUGACGGUGCAGUUCCCCUUUACCGAGAAUAACUGCAAGAUAGAUUCUUUCUAACUCUUUUUUUUAAUAUUUGUGUUGAGGAAAUUCUCUAAGACACCACGUUUUUAUCUGAAGUGGACGAGAAGCUGUAAAAGCGGCUUUUAAAGCAAGACAUUGCCUCACUUUAAAUUUUUUGUUUGUUUUUUGGGUGAUAAUCGAGUUUAAUCCCUCCGCUGCCGGUUAAUCCACUUCAUCCUAAUUUAUUCCCGGCACCAUGAUGUCCAGUGUGCGCCGGCACAGCCUUCGCCUGCAGUCCGAGCUUCACCGCUGGAGCAUCUGUGACACGGGCAGCCACCUGCUCCCGGACAACUUCUUGGCCCGGGUACCCGCCUGCAUCUCACGCUCCAAGUCUUGCACCAGCUCCGCGGGAGAGUCGGACGGCAGCCGCGGGAGCUGGUCGUCUUCAGACUCGGUCAUCUCCACCGACUCUGCAGGGGAGCCUGCUGAGCCUGGGAGUCCCUACCGGGUGGUCCUGUUAGGGGCCAGCGGGGUUGGAAAGACCGCUUUCGCUAGCAUCUUUGCAGGAGCUGCGGACAGUAUGGACAGUGAUGACUGCGAGCUGUGUGAAGAUGAAGUAUGUGAAAAGGAAAUAGAAGUGGAUGGGGAACCUGCUACUUUAACUGUGCUCGACACCUGGGAUUCAGAGACUGGCAUUGAUUGGGCUCAAGAGUGCUACAUGCAGACAGGUGAUGCGUACCUGCUGCUGUACUCAGUGACUGACCGGGCCUCAUUCCUGCGGGCCUCAGAGCUCAGGAUAACCCUGCGCCGCUUCCGUCCUGCCCAGCACACCCCGAUCAUCCUGGUGGGGAACAAAUGUGACCUAGUGCGACGCAGAGAAGUGUCAGUCAGUGAGGGUCGUGCCUGUGCCGCUGUGUUCGACUGCAAGUUCAUUGAAACCUCAGCCGCCAUGCAGCACAACGUCUGGGAGGCCUUUCAUGGCAUUGUGCGACAACUGCGUCUACGCCGAGAUUCAAAGGAGGCCAACAAACGUCGCAGGCACAAACAUUGCAAUACACGCCGCGAGAGCCUACCUAUGAAGGCCAAACGCUUCCUUGAUAAGAUGGUGGCAAAGAACAAUCCCAGUGUGGCCUUCUGGCUAAAAUCUAAAUCCUGCCAUGACCUCUCUGUGCUGUAAUAGUCUGACAAGCUGUCAUGUUUUUUUAACUUCACACCUUUGAGCAGGUGAACAAGUUUCACCCUGCAGAACAGAAGACGUGGCUGGAGGUUACGCCUGCUUCUAAAGGCCUAAAGGUUGGAUGGUUCAAACACAGACAUCUGUGUGUCCACACUGCACACAGAAGGUGUUGGCACCAUUUUUGCACUGCCAUUGGUUGCAGUCUGAACUAGACUGAGUUGGAAAAUCUCGGUCUAUAAAAUGAACUCUGAUAUGAGGUGACAUUUCUUUAUUGAAUGAGACUGUGGAGAACAUUUUGAGGUUAAGAUUGAAACUGUCAAAGUUGUUUGUACAUUUCCCUGUUUCUUCUCUCACCUCUCUUGUUCUCAUCCCUGCCAAAUGUGUUGCCUGUUGAUCCCAAAGUGCUAGCUCUGCCAGCUGAAAGCUUCUGAUGAAUAAAUAUGGUUGUUUUUGUUUGAUUAUUAAGUUUCUACUUUGAGAUUAUUUAAAUUUUGCUGUUUUGCACUUCUCGUAAAUAAAUACCAGAUUAAAAAUUUAGUGGUUCUGCUACUUGUAUGUAGAUUCAAUGUUGCCUGUUGAAUAA